CCUUUGUUUUGUUUUAGAAUUAAGUCUUGAUGCCGAAAAUCUCAAAAAACUGAAAAAACGAUGUCAGUCGGCCGUCUUGUUUUCAACUUUUCAAGCUGUUCUAGGGCUUUUAAAACAAAGUUUUUUAGCUCAGUUUGUAGAAACUUCAAUUUCCUAUCUGGUAUCACUUUCGCAUUUCUAUGGAAAUUCUGUCUUGAUGCCCAAAAGUGGGUUUUGGUAGAAAAAAUUUGUAUGUGAAAAUCAUAAUCCUUCACUUGAUGAACCUCUUACAACAUCAGUAUUGAGUUUAGAAAAAGAGAAAGCACAUGAUUUUGUUUAGCUUUUGAUGGUCUUCCCAAUAAGACAUUGCUCGACCAGAACAGAUAAAAAAUGAUGGAGUUAUAUCGAAAAUAUGAGACAAUGCUCAGUUUUGCGAUUCUUCGAUGCACCCCAUUUUGAAAACUCUGUAACUCGGUCAAAAUAAAGUCUGGAAGUGAACAAUUUGUUUCGUCAUCCCAAUUUUGAUUGUAGAAUCUGAAAAUCAAAUAAAAAUCAUAUGUUAAAUUUUUGCAUGUUACGGGUGUUUCGCAAAAUACUCGCUUUCCUCGCGAAUUGUCUCUUAAGUAUAUUUAAUUUAACUUUACUUUAUUGUAUUUUCGGCUUAAGAUUUUCUUCUCUUUUUCUUUAUAGAAAAAGGAAAACUUAAAAUUAGAUGUUAGCUUAAAAUAAAAUUUUAAAAUUAUGGACAAAUUUCGAAGGAAAAUAUUACAAGUCAAUUUUUUGCAGCCUAGAAACAAUAUAUAUUAUAUUCAAUUCACGAACGUUGUCAAUAAUAUUAAUUACCGGUAGGAAAUUAAUAUAACUGACAUUGUCGAGUGAACGAAUUUUCUUUCUUUCCAGCGCGUAUAGUUUUAGAAUACGAAAGUUGGAGACGAUGUAAUUUGAAAAAUCGAUUUCAUCAACAACUAUGGCAUACAAUUAAACAGUUGUGAAAUACGCAGAGAAAACUAACCUCAGUAACUACUAUUUUAACUUUAAAAUACUUUUAAAUAUCAAAUUUUGUUCAGUUUUGUGCGCUCUUUCAAAUGAAAUGUUAUUUGUUUAAAAGUAUCGAACGAAAGCUCACGGUUUUAUACAUAAAAUGCUGAAAUUGGUCAAUUUUCGGGUUUUUUUAGGCUUAGGUCUUGAGAAAACUUGAUUUUCUCCAGAGCAAAAUGAUUUAUAAGGUUUUAAAAAGUUUCGUCAGCUUAGUUUCCCAUGCCGAAUCGAAUGAUGUAACUUUUAACAAUAUCUAUUUCUCGCGAUGGACAGGUAUACUUGGUAGGCUCGUGGAGGCUCUCUUAAUUCGUCUUUCAGUCGUAAAGUUUACAACUAUAAAGCUGUCGACCGCCACUAUUUUAGGUGUAAAUCUGAUCCGUUAUUACCAAAUUUAAGAAUAGCAGAAUGUAACAGUGUGCAGUAAUAUUGCUACAUCCGUUAAUGACAUGGUAACUCAAAUUAAUGAAGCAAUACUAGCAGCUGAUGCUGCAAUACCAGAUUCCUUUUGUGCUCAACAUUUAAAUGAACAUAAUCAUGAACGAAAUUUAAAACAUUUAAAAGAACAUGAACAACGAAUUAAUAAUAUUUCAUGUGAGAUAAAAGAUUUACAAUCAACUUUUCAACAAUAUCCAUUGGCUAAUAUUGAUGUUGAACAAUUCGCAUCAAUUAUUAUCAGAUAUCAUAAUAGUUUAGCUAAACUUCAAAAUCGUAUUAAAAGUUUAGUGAAUAAUUUAUCAAAAUUGACAGAUGAACAAUUUGAUAUUGAAACAGAUGAGAAUAUAGUACAUACAAGUGUAUAG